UUGUGGUGCACGGUGAUACAGUUACAAAAUUUUACUAACACACCAAAAUGGGUUUGGGCGGUGACAACUCCGUAGAAGAUUACGUUUGCCAGUUGAACGCGACUGAGAGGAAAAGGGCUCUAGAUGAACUCAGGGAGGACGAUAACAUUAGGGAGCAGUCCCUUGAACAGAUGAGAGAUUGGAUCACCAAACACCCCAACAUCAAAAAGUGCAGAACAGAUGCGCCGUUCCUGCUCCGCUUCCUGCGCACGAAAAAGUUCAGCGUGCCGCAGGCGUGCGAGAUGCUGGAGCGCUACCUGACCAUCCGGCAGCUGUACCCGCAGUGGUUCCAGAACCUCGACUGCGACGACAAGGACCUGGCCGAGAUCAUCGACGCCGGGUACCUGGUGCCGCUGCGGGACCGCGACUCCGGCAGGAUGGUGCUGUUCAGCUGCGCCGGCAGCUUCGAUCCCCACAAGUUCACGUCCGCCCACAUGAUCAAGGUUCAUAGUUUAGUGACCGAGGCCUUGAUGGACGACGAGACCAAUCAGAUCAACGGCUACACCUACAUCAACGACGAGAGCGGCUUCCAGAUGUCGCACAUCUCGCUGUGGUCCCUGACCGACGUCAGGAACAUACUCAGAUGUAUCCAGAACACUACACCAAUGAGGCAUAAGGCCAAUCACUUCCUUAACAUAUCACCAACAGCUAUCAAGUUAAUAGAAUUUGCUAUUUCUCUCCUAAAUGAAAAACUGAAGAAUAGAAUUUUUAUCUACAAAAGCAUAGAGGAAAUGUACAAAAAAGUAGACAAAAAAAUUCUUCCCAAAGAGUAUGGCGGUGAAGUACCCCUGAAAGAAAUGUUGGCUACAUUCAAGACACUCCUGAAGGAUAAAAGGGAAAAAUUGUUGGCCUUAGACGAUAUGUACAUUGAAAUCGAUGAGAAAUCUUGUCCUCUAGUCUCUGAAAUGAAUGAAGAACUCGGCAUUGGCAUUGAAGGCACUUUUAAGAAGUUAACAGUGGAUUAGUUCUAGUCUUACUAAUUUAAUAUAUGAAAAUUAACUUAAUUUUUGUUUUAAGGUUAAGUUAAGCAAUAAAUGACAAUUUCACGUUUGGUUUUUCGAUUUUAUGUUGCAUUUUGAAAAUGAUUUGUCAUUUUCUGCUUUGUUAUGUGAUAGAAAUAUAAUAUUUCUGAUAAUUU